AUGGCACCAACAACCUUCUCCUGGCGGCAGGCUGUCGUGGCCACUCUUUUCGUCGGCAGCGCCUACACCGCGCAGGUUCAACCAAGACAGCUCCUGACUCCGCUGCUUGGCGGAGGAGCCCAAAACCAGAAUCAGAACCAGGACCUUCUCGCUCAGCUCCAGAACCUGCUCCAAGGUGUCGCUGGAGGGGCUCAGGGGCAGAACAACCUCCUCGACCAGCUCCAGAACCUCCUUGGAGGCCAGAACCAAGGCCAAGGCCAGAACACCGAUGUCCUGGGUCAGAUCCAGGGUCUCCUCGGCAACCUCCUCGGUAACCUAGGAGGUGGAGCCGGCGCCGGUGCAGGUGCCGGAGCUGGAGCUGGAAAGGGAGAGGGAGCCGGAAAGGGAGCCGGGCAAGGCGCUGGAGCCGGCGCUACCCCCACUGCAACCGCUACUGCCACCAAGGCCGCGGACGAGGCAGUAGCAACAGCCACGGACAUCGCCAACGUCCCCCCGCCCAUCGUCAACGGCACCAUCGGCAACAACGGCACCGAUAAUAACAACAAUGGCAGGGGGAAGGGUAACGGCAAGGGCAGAGGCAAGGGAAAUGGCAAGGGCAAGGGCAAGGGUGACGGCAAGGGCAACGGCCGAGGCAAAGCCAAUGGCAACAACCGGAACGGAAACGCCAACAACGACCAUGGCAACGCAGCUGCGGGCAACAACGGCGCCGCGACUAUCGCUGACCUCGAAGAGAUUCUCAAGCUUAUCCAGCAGCAGCAACGACAACAACAGCAGCAGGCCGCCCAGGCCCAGGGACAAGCCAGGGCCGGCGGGGUGGCAGGGAGGAUGAGGCGGCGGCGGACUGUGCGGGUGGCCAUGUAA